CGGGUAUGAGUAAUAUUUUAUAUCCGCGAGCGUAUAUAUGGGUAACCCGUUGUCAUCCCUAACCCACAUAGACCUCGCCCUUGGCUCGCAUGGCUUCCGGCUUCUUCUCCUCGCCGUUGCGUGAGACCGCGCUAAAACCCUAGGCUUUGAGACCCCAAUGGCGUCCGCGACGGCGACGGCGCCCGCAUUCGCUCUCGCGUCGUCCCUCUCGCGCCGCGGUUUCCUCCCGCUCUCUCGUCGCGCCGGCCGGCCCGUGCCCCAGUCGCUGCGCUUCGUAGCGUCAGCCGUGAGGCGGCGCCGCAGCGCGGUCGUGGUGGCAGCGGACGCGGCGGCAGCGGCCGGGAGCGCGGAGUUCGGCGACGAGGAGAACCCUUAUGAGCUUCUGGGCAUCAGGCCGCUUGAUAGCUUCGACCACAUGAAGAUGGCCUACAAGAAGAAGCGCAAGGACGCCGAGGAGACUGGAGACGAUGAGUUCCUUGCCAAGUUGGAUAGGGCCCACGACACUGUCAUGAUGCAGCAGCUGCGGUAUCGGAAGAAGGGAGUCACAUACGGGUCUGUUCAGGUGUCCAAGGAUAUCAAGUAUGCUGACAAUCAACCAAUAGUGCUUUGGGGACCAAGAUUCUCCAGAUCAACAGUGAAGGACAUGCGCAUAAAUAUGGCAAUAUCAGCAGCAUUUGUUGUUUGGAUAGCUAUUAUGGGCAAUGCAGACUGGAAGCCUUUGCAGUUCCUAUGUUUUGCUUUCUUCUGCAGAAUACUACAGAAGCUAAGAGCUACUGAACCACUAAUAACUCCAAUAUACAAUGAAUAUGGCGAGGUUGAAGGACGAGGAAUAAGAAUGGCAAAAAGAGUAGUCCGUGCUCUGGGUUUGAUUUUUGGAUGUGUGUUCACUGCAUCCCUGUUUGAUUGUCCUCCUAAUAUUUUCAGGCUUAUACAGCAGCUAGUAACAUGGUUGAGCUUUCAUUGCAGUAUACUCCCCGUAUGUUUUACUACUAUCAGGAGCUGAUUGUUACUGUGGCUGCCUCCGUUCUUCUGUACAUCACGGCUUCAUGGUACCGAUAAACACGACAAACAAUUAUGGCCUGGCUUAGAUGAUUGCGAGAUGUUAGGACAUGCCUUGAGUUUCAGAUAGAGACCAACCUGUGGUGCCUUCCGCAUCUAAGGGAUAGCCAAGAACCCGCAAAUUCUGUAGCAUUCUUCCAGCUUUGAGGCAGGUAGUUCUUAGUGGAGGAUCAUGUGACCAGCUAUGGAUUCAGUAGUACAAUGAAGAUGGCCAAUGGAUGAAAAUUGUUUCGCGAGAAUAUUUGAACAGCGGUGUUGUCCAUGCAAUUUUUAAUUAGAUCUUGGACAUAUGCUUAGACGACAUACUUAACUGUGAUGUGCAUGUGCUUUUUUUUGCCUGAAUGAGUGCUGAGCUUCUUCUGUGUUA